AUGGAGAAUAUCGUGUUCCCGGCAAUCAAUGAAAAAGUGUUGGCUGUGCUAGAUGGACAAAAGAAAGCCUUCGAUUCAAAGCACCAUAUCGUUGAUUUCCCCGUGAACUGUGAAGUGGUUGUUGUCAUACCCGCAAAAGAGCGUACCAAACUUGACACACCCCAUGAUGGCCCUUAUACGGUUGUUCGAAAGACCAAAGGCGGUAGCUAUGUUCUCAAAGACGUUAGAGGCAAAAUACUUGAUAGAGACUAUGCACCCUCGCAACUCAAACUCAUUUCCCAGGACUAUGAUCUUGACUCACCUUGCGACGAUCUAUACAUAGUUGAUCGCAUCGUAGCUCACAAUAAGAUCGCUCCAGGAACAUACGAGUACCAGGUACGUUGGGAAGGUUAUACACCUGACGAUGACACUUGGGAACCAGAGUCGUCAUUCACCAAUGUGCAGACGAUACACGAUUACUGGAAAAGACUUGGUGAAAAGCCAGAGCAAAAACCAGAGGAGUUGCAGUCCAAAGUCAAGACGCGCAAAAAUGGCGCACCUAGCAAAAGUAGCUCACGGAAGCGGAAGCAACAGCAUCCGAAAAACUCCGUGCGCAAAUCUCAACGUCUCCAACAUUAA